AUGCGCAACGAGUGGCUAAGAAACUUGUUCGCGACAGCAAUUUUCGCCCUUAUGGUACAUGGGCAAUUGAGAUCACCGCGUAUAACGGAACAUCCUUCGGAUAUAAUAGUGGCCAAGAAUGAACCGGUAACAUUGAAUUGCAAGGCGGAAGGUAAACCUCAGCCCGUGAUUGAGUGGUAUAAGGACGGUGAACUGGUUCAAACAUCACCCGGAGAUGCAAAAUCACAUCGUGUUCUUCUUCCUACGGGAUCUCUUUUCUUCUUGAGAGUAAUGCACGGGAAAAAAGAACAAGACGGAGGAGUGUAUUGGUGCGUUGCAAGAAAUCAAGCAGGCUCUGUUCCAAGUCGAAACGCAACGCUAACUGUCGCAGUGUUGAGGGAUGAGUUUCGCGUGGAACCACAAAAUACAAGAGUCGCAGCUGGAGAGACUGCUCUGUUAGAGUGCGGACCACCCCGAGGUCAUCCAGAACCAACGCUGCAUUGGAAAAAGAAUGGCCACGAGAUAGAUUUGGAUGCUACUAAACGUAUCACUUUGGUAGACGGAGGAAAUUUAAUGAUUUCGGAUGUUAGGCAAACUGAUCAGGGAAAAUAUCAAUGCGUUGCCGAGAACAUGGUAGGCGUGAAAGAAUCUGCAGUGGCAACUUUGACAGUUCACGUGAAGCCAUUCUUCUUGUCGACUCCUGCGAAUCAAACGAUCCUAGCUGACCAAACGGCUGAGUUCGCCUGUCGCGUAGGCGGCGAUCCUCCACCUGAGAUCCUUUGGCGACGAAAUGAUGGGAAAAUGCCAAUCGGGCGGGCGCAUAUUUUGGACGACAAAAGCUUGCGAAUCGAAAGGGUGACGUCGCAAGAUCAAGGGACGUACAUUUGCGAUGUUGAGAACGGUGUCGGUGCCAUAUCUGCGACUGCAACUUUGACGGUACAUUCAAGGCCAAUAUUCAGCAGUUUUCCAAAAGACGAGAUAGUCAGCGUCGGAUUGAACGUUUCGUUUUCCUGCGCGGCUCGUGGCGCACCGCAGCCUUCUAUCUUUUGGACACGCGAAGGUUCUCAAGAAUUAAUGUUCCCUGGAAACGAAUACCAAGGACGUUACAAAAUCACAGAGGAUGGGAGUUUACGUAUCAAGAGCGUACUUGGAAAGGACGAAGGACACUACGUUUGCAGCGCGAUCAGUCAGGCUGGUGCGAGCACAGCUACAGUCUUUCUUCAGGUUACCUCGGUCGAGGAGGUUCCGCCGCCUGUCAUCGAAAUUGGAGCAACGAAUCAAACGUUGCCUCCGAAAAGUGAAAUUUCUUUGCCGUGCCGUGCAUUCGGAAGACCUAGCCCAAAAAUCCGCUGGUACAAGAACGACCAACUUGUACGAAUCGAUGGCGAUGAUCGAUUUGCGAUCGCUGGUAACGGCACUCUUUCUCUGAAAAAUCUUCAAUCGAGCGACACGGGAAUAUACAAGUGUGUCGCAUCCUCCGAGUCCGGGAAUACGUCAUGGUCGGCUAGUUUAACGAUUAGCCCAGCAGCGAGUUAUCACGGCGUCGUCAUGCCAGAUAUAUCGCUACUUCCCGAAAGUCCAAGCAAACCAAGAAUAGUGAAUACCACUAGCAACACGGUGACGCUCACCUGGAGCCCGGGACACGAAGGCGUUAACAAAAUAAUCGAUUACACGGUCGAGUAUUUUGCCACGAAUCCAAAGACUAGCUGGAUCGUUGCCGGAACGAGAAUAAUAGAUGACGUCUAUACCGUAACGAAUCUCAAGCCAGAUACGAGUUACGUGUUCCUUGUUCGUGCUCGAAACAGUCAGGGUCUUUCCGUUCCUGGACCGUUUUCCGAUGUGGCGCGCACGACUAAUAUCGAUCAACACGCGAUUCCUCAAACCGAACUAAUUCGAGCAAGAGAUCGUCUCAACAGUGAAAUUCUUUACUUGAAGGAUGUUCAGCCUUUGAGCAGUACCAGCGUAAAGAUCGUAUGGGACAUACUGGGAGCUGCCGAUUUGGUCGAAGGCUUGUAUAUAAGAUAUCGUCAAGUUUCCGAGAAGCCAGAAUAUCGAAUGGUCACGGUACUGAAUGCCGGAGCAACCAGCUACGUUUUGACCAAUUUAAACAAGUACACGCGUUACGAGUUCUUCCUAGUUCCUUUUUUCAAGACUAUCGAAGGGAGACCGAGCAACGUGAAAUUAGCGAUCACGCUGGAAGACGUACCUUCCGGGGCACCCGAAAAUGUUCAUGUCGGCAUGAUAAAUGUGACCUCGGCGUUCGUCCGUUGGUCUCCACCGCCGAAAACUACACAAAAUGGACAAUUAAUAGGAUAUAAGAUUCAAAUCAAAAGCAAUAGCAGCAACAAGAUUUUGGGCCAGAUGUCUUUAAAUGCGUCGACAACGUCGGUGAUUAUCAACAGCCUAACGACAGGUGGUCUUUACACGGCGCGCGUUGCCGGGUUAACUCGUGUAGGUCUUGGACCGUUCUCCAAUCCAACCGUUUUGAACAUGGAUCCGGGACAAUUGACGCAGUUGCCGCCACGAACAGAUCCGAGUCAAAGAAAUGCCUCUGUCGUGAGUGAAACUUGGUUUUUGAUUCUCGUGAUAACGGUCGUGUUGACCAUUAUCGCCGCGUUAUUGGGUGCUGUUUACGUUCGUCGAAGGCAAGCGAUGAGUAAACAGCUCGGCCACUUGAAUGUUCCUGUCGGCACGGCUAAUGACAUUUGUCAAUUAAACAAAGAUACUCUGUGGUUAGAGCGUGGUUGGAGGCCGAGUAACACACUCCAGGCUUCCACUACCGAUAAAGACUGCGAAACGAAGCUAUUAAGCAAUCAGAAUCAAAUCGGCCUGCCACCUGGAAUCGUUGGAAUGGCUGGCUCGGAAUACGCUGAAGUUAAUCUAACGACAUUUUACAAUGCUCGAAAACAGUUGCAAGCUCCGCCAGAACCAUACGCUACAACGACACUCUGCAUGCCUGCUCGUAGCCCGGAUUCGAUAGAAACGGCCGGUCGAAAGUCGAAUUCCAGUGAUUCUUGUCUGAAGCCGGACUAUUCGAGUUUGGAUUCGAACUUGGAUCGAAACAAAUCAACCGUGUCCCCGAGCAGCGACAAUGCCAGUAGCGUUUACAACGCAGAGGAUAAUACGGAAGCGCAAAGAAGAGCUCAUCAAUACAGAAUGCCGCUGCCAAAUGAAAAUCAACCACCGAAUUGGUGCGAUAUGCUACCACCUCCGCCGGAACAUCCGCCUUCGUUCGAGGGAUCUCUCGGUUCUUCCAGAUCGCAUUCGCAUACGCAUCAACACCAACACCAACAUCAGUAUCAAUAUCAUCAUCAUCAUCAUCCGCAUCAAAUGCAGCAUCAGUAUCAGCAUCAACACCAUUAUCAACAGCAGCAGCAGCAGCAGCAGCAGCAGCAACCACAACAACAGCAACAACAACAGCAGCAACAGUACCAACAUCAAACCGCCUUUAGUCCCCACCUAGGCAAGAGAAGUAUCGAAAGGCAAAACGAUUUGGACUUGAUCACGAGUGCAGGACUAGCGUUGGGACUGGGUUUAAGCUCGAGUUCGAAUUCAGGUUCUGGUUCUGGUUCGGGUUCUGCAGGUGGAAGCGGCGGCGGUGGUGGAGGCACUGGUAGCGGUGGUGGUGGUGGAGGAGGUGGCUCCGGUUCGGGCUCAGGAUCGAGAAAUUCGCAAAGUCCACCGAGUCCGCCGACCAGAAUAAUUAACAAUUUAGCAGGCUCGAAUACAAUUUGGAACGAUUCGGGUCAGCAGACUCAAUCAUUCGACAAUUCUAUUGCGCAAAGUAACGUCCAUCAGCAAGGUAGAUACACGAGUUUGCCUCCGCAAACGAAUCCACCGGCACUGCCCGUCUUUCCACAAUCGUUCGACUGUUACGAUUCGUACAAAGGUAAUCACGAAAACGAAUACGAGAGCGGCUCUCUUUUGUACGGUCAACGAAAUGAUUCGCCAUCGGAAGACUACGAUUCUGCGUACAGUCAUGUAAAUCGUGCGGAUUCACGAUCGGAACGAUCAAUAGCGAACGAGGAUAUCUAUCGACGAAACGAUCAAGAUAUCUAUACAACGGAGAACCUUUAUCAAGCUGAGAACGACGAAUGGGAUAGAAAGUCGUGCGAUUCGAACGCGCACUCGGAUAUUUGUUGUUCCUGUUCGGAAUCCAGUUGCCUGUAUGGCAACACCCUCGAAUACAACGACCAAUUCGCUCCGACAUCGGCCAAUUGCCUCCAUGGUAAAACAGGUUCCCGAAAUAGAAAUGGCAAAAGUCCACGUAGAAGAAAUACUAGAACUGCUUCACCGACCUAUAGUAGCGGUGACAGUAAUUAUUCUUGUAUCCCUCCAAGACAAUCUGGAAACAUUAGCUCGCAAGAAAGGACGAGGCAUAACCGUGGCAAAGAUAAAGUGCCUAGCUUUUCGAGAAUCGGCGGCUAUCCUCAGCACAAUUCCUCGGCCUCGAACACAGUCAGCAGUUCUGGAAGUCAAAGAUACAACAAGCUGAACAAUGUUUUCGUAGGUGGUGGGAAUUCAAACGCUCCUAUAGAGUGUAGUCGGCCGGCCGACCUUCGCGAUGGCUAAUGUCACAAGGAUUCUCGGAGGAUCAAGACCGAUCGAUAGAAUCGACCGUUGUUGAUACGAACCGCUGUUUCAACCUCGAACGAAUUACUUGGAUCGCAACGAAUCGUAGCCGUUUCGCGCGACAAUAUCGCCAACAUUCUCAAAGUACCUUUUCCGGGCUAAGCUCGUCCUCGAUGUCUCCAAACCUUAAUAGCUACUCGUAUUAACCGUGAUAUUCCUUUAUUCCUCUCUCUUUUCUUCCUUCCAGCCUCUGCCGCGCGAAACUCUUUCAUUCUCAUAUUCAUUAAUAUUCUCCUAAUAGAUGGGUUUAACCUCGUCUCUAUUAGCCCUGUUUACGCAAGUAGUGCGAAGAAUGCGUUCGUCUCGUAGUUUCGAUACUUUUGAUAAUUACCUAACCGAGUUGUUGCGUUUCUUCGUUUUUUGCUCAAUAUAUCACCAACCACUGCCAUUGAGUAAUGAAAAUGGAUGAUGGACGAUAUGGUUGACAGUGAAAAGUGAACAGUGAACAGUGAACAGUGAACAGUGAACAGUGAACAGUGAACAGGGUGCGAGAUGAUGGAUAUGACGAAAAGGAAGUGUUAUAGAUCGAAUAGAUUUAGUUUCGUAAUCUUUGUUCGUGAGUAACGAUAAUUUACGAUUUCAACGUCGACUUCGACAUUGCAAACCAUAUUAACACGCAAUAUAUUGUUACGCGUAUGCGCACAUGGCAGUCCUGUGCGCUAGAUCAACGUGGCACUUGUGUACUUUCCAGAAAUUUUAAAUUUUCGCCGCUCAGAGUUCCGCACGGUUCUAUUAUUUUCCGAUGUAACGUUCCUAAAUGGUUAAAAAUGAUUCUUUAACUUUGUCGUACGGAUACGAACGUGCUGCCACGUGAUACUUCUUAAACGAUAUACACAUGUAUGCACAACUUUUAAGGGUACGUGCAGCAAAGAAUGAUCGACUGUCGUGCAACAAGUAUUACAUCAUAUCGAACAGUUUUUUUGUGUAUGUAUGUAUGCGUGUGUGUGCGUGCGCGUGUGCGUGUGUGUGUGUGCAUGUGCAUGUGUGCGUACGUGCAGAAGCUUCUUUCUUCUAUGAGCAGUUGAAACAAUGCAAAGUAGCUAUCGACCUGUGUCUUUCGUCGUAAAUCUGCAAUGCGAAUCGGAAACGAGCAGCUAUCGUCUGUAUUCUAUUCGUUGCAUCGAUCGAAAGGGAAAAAACAAUUGCCACGUAACACUGGCGAAUUGAUUCGUCGGUAAUCGCUUACGAAUACCAGUGAAGAUUACGGCGGACGAAGAAAAUACGAAUAAGUGACAAGCUACGAGGA